UCCAUCUCUUCUCUUCUCUCUCUCUCUCUCUCUCUCUCUCUCUCUAAAAUUAAGAAAGAAAGAGAUAAAAGAAGAAAUGGGUGCUAAAGGAGAGUUCAAGGUGAAGGUGAGCAAGAAGGAGGUGGUGGCUGCAGUGUUGCCAAUGCAAGAGCAUUGGUUGCCUCAGUCCAACCUAGACUUGCUCUUGCCUCCGUUGGACGUGGGUGUGUUUUUCUGUUACAACAAGCCCACCACUGGCUCAUCUCUCACAUUUGGGUCCAUGGUCAGUGUUCUCAAGAAGGCCAUGGCUCAAGCUUUAGUAUCAUACUAUGCAUUUGCAGGGGAGAUGGUGGAGAACAGUGUGGGUGAACCUGAGCUUCUCUGCAACAACCGUGGAGUCGACUUCAUUGAAGCUUUUGCCGAUGUCAAGCUUCAAGAUCUCAGCUUAUACAAUCCUGAUGAGACUAUUGAAGGUAAGUUGGUGCCUAAGAAGAUGCGAGGUGUGCUCUGUGUUCAGGCCACGGAACUCGAAUGCGGAGGACUAGUGGUGGCGUGCACGUUUGACCACAGGGUGGCGGACGCUUACUCGGCCAACAUGUUUUUGGUCUCGUGGGCUGAGAUGGCUCAGGCCAAACCACUCUCUCUGUUGCCAUCAUUCAGGCGAUCGUUGAUCGUCCCUCAACGACGUGGGUUUUACAACCCUUCCCUAGAUGCCAUGUAUGUGCCUGUCUCAGCCCUGCCACCUCCGAAAAAUCAGCAUCCCGACGCCGAUUUCUUGAUAAGCCGCAUCUAUUACGUCCAGGCUGAGCAACUGAAUCGUCUCCAGUCAUUGGCCGACGAUAGUAGCAUUGGACGCAAGACGACUAAACUUGAGGCGUUCAGUGCUUUCCUGUGGAAGAUGGUUGUUGCUGGAGAAGUUGAAGGCGACAAGAUCUGUCGGAUGGGCAUCGUGGUGGACGGUAGGGUGAGGAUGGGCGACGGAGAAACUGACAAGUUGAAAUUGAUGAAUUCUUACUUUGGGAAUGUUUUGUCCAUUCCGUUUGGCGAGAAGAGAGCUGAUGAGCUCAGAGAGAGGCCGUUGGGUUGGGUGGCGGACACCGUCCACGAGUGUCUAGAAAGUGCGGUGACAAAAAAACACUUUAUGGACUUAAUAGAUUGGGUGGAGGCUCAUCGUCCCGAGCCGGCUCUGGCCAAGAUAUAUGCCAACAGUGGACUUUGGGUGGGGUACGCCGGGAGUGGGGAGGAGGAUGCUGGACCGGCUUUUGUGGUGUCGUCGGGGCAGCGGUUUCCGGGGUCGAAGGUGGACUUUGGGUGGGGGAAGCCAAUGUUGGGGUCGUACCAUUUCCCAUGGGGGGGAGAGGCUGGGUAUGUGAUGCCAAUGCCGAGUCCACUGGGGAAUGGUGAUUGGGUUGUCUACAUGCACCUGUUGAACGGCCAGAUGGAGUUGAUUGAAACACAUGCGGCUCAUGUGUUUAAGCCCUUGACUUUUGAUUACCUGAAUCUUGUUUGAAAUAAAAUGGAAGAAACUCCAUAUGUAUCAAGAAGAGCAUGAUUGUCACAUUUAAUAAUGUAACUUACUAUAAGUUUUGGAAUGCAAUAUUAUCAUCAUCAUAUUUUUUAAUUACAUUUUAUUUAUCAUAGUAUAUAUAAUGUUUUUUGUGCU